AUGGAAGAACCCCUGCCCGGGGCUUUCCACCGGGACAUUGCUGACGGGGACCAAAGACUUCUGGAUGAGCUGGAGAGCCUGCGGAAAGAGAACCUGCUGUAUGCAGAAAAGCUCAGCAAGGUCAACUCUGAGAACGUAGCGCUCUGGGACCAGGUCGCCACCCUCAAGCGCAUCCUGCUAGAGAACCGCAUUCCCUUUGCCCCUCGCACCGCAAACGGUGCUUCCAAAGCCUUCCAAAUCCCCUCCCGCCGCAACAGCAACGAUGGAGGCAGAAUCUCCGAUACUACUGCAUCUCGACGGGAGAGCCUGUCGUCGCGCGAGAGCCGGUUGUCGGUCAGCAGCGGGGGGACGGAACGGGCAGAGGAGUUGUCCCCCCAGAGCGGCGGCGCCAAGGAUCCGGGGCAGUUCCCCCCGAUCAGAAAAGCGCCAAAUAAGGAGCUCACUUUUUCAAUGGGGGACCUGUCACCGAUUGGGGAGCUGACUCCGUCGGGAACCCCGCUGCCGGGGGGGGUACCAAAAGAGUCUCCUCCUGCGGGGGUCACCAAAAGCAGGCUGCCGAGGCCCCAGGAGGGGGGGCAUUCAUCUGCUGCCAGCACGCCUAACGGACACCCCCCACAAGACUCACCGGGGAGCUCUUCCGAUGCAGCGGGGAAGGGGCGGACGUCUUCUUGGAAAGGAUUCCAGGUCAGAGGCAGCGCAAAGAUUCAUCCUUUGGGGGGGGAUGAGGAGGUGGCUGCGUCAACAAGGGAGGGCCGGGGGGUAGAGCAGCAUGUUUCUCACACUUCGGGGGGAUCGAGAUUGCUGGGUUUGCGGAGGGGAACGAAGUCGAAGCUCAACUUCAAGGAGCUUUGGCGAAGGGCGGCGCACACGGUGGUCAGGAACAAGCAGAUGGGAAAGACCGCAGUGAAGUGGACGAUCGUCAUCGACCAGGUCAAGGCACAGCAGAACACUUACUUGGCGUCCCUCCUGCGACCAGUUUCGGCGGACGGGCGGUUUCGAAAGUCCUGGGACCUCUUGCUGACGGUUUGUCUAGUCUACAUCGUGAUCGUGGUCCCGUACACGGUCGCGUUCAACAUCUCAAGCGAUCACAGAGACCAGCCCGGGCUGUACGCGAUCAACUGGAUACUCGACGUCGUCUUUUUCCUAGACAUACUAGUCAACUUCCGGUCGACCUAUACAACCGGUCGAGGGAAGGAGGUGCGCGACCAGAAGAAGAUCGCGGUGCACUACCUCAAGACGUGGUUCGUGCUGGACGCGAUCUCGGUGAUGCCGCUCGCUUUCAUGGUGCCGAGCAACAGCGCAAACCACAACCUGCAACGGCUGCCGCUGCUGCUCAAGAUAUUCCGCCUGAACAAGCUCGUCAAACUGUUGCGGGUGCUGCGGCUGAGUUCGACGUUCGAGGCGCUGGAGAACCACGUGCCACACGGGCUGCUGACGAUCAUCAAGUUCUUCAUGCUAAUGGUUGUUAUCGGCCACGUCACCGCGUGCCUCUUCUACUUCAUGGCUGUCGUCGACAAUCUGAACCCCAGGUCCUGGCCUGCUGAGGAAGGGGUAAUGAACGACAGUGACCUCAGCAAGUACGUCAUCAGCCUGUACUGGGCCUUCUCCACGCUGUGCACGGUGGGCUACGGGGACGUCGUGCCCAACACGACGCUCGAGCGGAUCUUCACGAUCUUCGCCAUGCUAGUUGGGGCGACCGUCUUUGCGUACUUCAUGGGUAACAUGUCGGUGCUGGUAGCGAACUUGGACCAGGAAGCGGCGCGCCAGGAGCGACAGAUGGAGAGCGUCAACUCGUUCCUGCGCUCGCGCCACAUCCCGAAAGACCUCCAAACGCGCGUGCGGGACUACUACCGCUACCUGUGGCGGCACCAGGUGCACAGCGAGGAGAACAUGAUCAUUACUGGUCUGAACGCCAGCCUUAGAACGGACGUAGUGCUUUACAUGUAUAGAGACAUGUUAGAAAAGGUCCCUUUCUUCCACGGGAAGCCCCCCCAGUUCAUCUCGUCCCUGGUCCUCUGCCUGCGCCCCGAGUACUUCGGCCCCGGCGACUUCAUCAUGCGCGAGCAUGACAUCGGCAAAGACAUGUACUUCAUCGUGGAGGGCCACGUGCACGUUCUGAGCGCGCGCGCUGGAACAUUUGUCAAGAAACAGGGGGAGUACUUUGGGGAGAUGGCGCUGAUCACCGGGAUGAGGAGAAGCGCUUCCUGUACCGCGCAGACGUACUGCGAGCUGUACAGCCUGAGCAAGGAGAACCUAGAACGGGUCCUCCAGGACUGGCCCGAGAUCGCGCGCGAAUUUUACAGCGAGGGCCUAGCCCGCAUGCAGGACGCGGGGCUGACGCCCAAAUCGAGCACGGCCUUGCAAGCGGCGGCCGUGGAGGAGCAGCGCGCGCUCACAGGCGCGCGGGGGCGGCGACGGACGGGCGACGCGGCCGCAGCGUUAAUAGAUGCCGACGAGUCGUCGUUCCGGGCCGCGCUGGUCGGGAGUCCGUAUGGCGCGAUCGGGGUGUCCGAGCGGAGCCUUGUGGAAGGAGGAGACGCGCAGACGAGACACCGGGGGAGGCGAGAAGGGAGAUAG